UUGUUCACAGGCAGUCAUUAUUUAGCUACAGGAUUUGCUUUUGUGUAUCUGUAAAAAAUUCUAUAUUUUUUAUUUCCCUCCAACCGAGACUGGCAGAGAAACACAGAGAAGAUCAAGAGGAUUUGAUUCUGAAAAAAUUCUUGGGAACUCACAAAACAGACAUGAAGAAGAAAGCAGAUCGUAUUUUUGAAGGCAAGAAAGAAAAUGAAGCACAUCUCCAGGCUGUUUACACAGAACUGUUCAUCACAGAGGGAGAUAUGAAAGAUGUCAAUCAGGAACAUGAGAUUAUGAAGAUUGAUGAGGCUUUCAAGAAAAAAAAAACACAGGACAAACCAAUCAAAUGCAAUGAUAUAUUUACUGAACUGAGGAAAAACAAUGAGGAAAAGAUUGUGCUGACCAAAGGAGUCGCUGGCAUUGGAAAAACUAUCUCUGUGCACAAGUUCAUCCUGGACUGGGCAGAGGAAACAACCAAUCAGGAUAUACAGUGUGUGUUCCUGCUUCCAUUCCGAGAGAUUAACAGUAUUAAAGACAGAGAGUUCAAUCUCCAUGAGUUCCUGCUGAAAUUUUAUCCUCAGUUGACAGACCUGGAAAAAUCAAAGUUAUAUAAGGAAUGUAAACUUGCAUUUAUAUUUGAUGGACUUGAUGAGAGUCGCCUGGAUUUGAAUUUUGAAAGCGGAAUAUUAAACAAUGUUGAGGAAAGAUCAUCUGUAGAUGUGCUGUUCACAAGUCUGGUCAAAGGGAUGCUGCUUCCAUCAGCACUUGUCUGGGUGACCUCACGACCAACAGCAGCCAAUCAGAUCCCUCCUGAGUAUGUGGGUUUGUUCACAGAGGUGCGAGGAUUCGCUGACCAACAGAAGGAAGAGUACUUCAGAAAGAGAAUCACAGAUGAGACUCAGGCCUCCAGAAUCAUCUCACACAUUAAGACGUCUCGUAGUCUCUACAUCAUGUGCCACAUUCCUGUGUUCUGCUGGAUCACUGCCACAGUACUUCAGAAUAUUCUUAAGAACAACACUGAGAACAUCAGCACAACACUCACUGAAAUGUACAUUCACUUCCUGCUGAUACAGAUGAACAUGAAAAGCCAGAAAUAUGAUGGAAAAACAGAGAGACAACGUACAAAGCUCUUACAGUCAAAUAAAGAAAUGAUUUUGAAGUUAGCCAAGCUAGCGUUUGAACAGUUGAAGAAGGAAAACAUUGUGUUCUCUGAGGAAGAUCUGGAAGUAUGUGGUAUUGAUGUGAGUGAAGACACCGAGUUCACAGGAAUGAUCGCUGAGAUCUUUAAGCAGGAAGAUGGACUUCAUGAAGAAAAGGUGUUCUGCUUUGUGCAUCUGAGUGUUCAAGAGUUUCUCGCUGCAGUGCAUGUGUUCCUCUGUUUCCUGAACAAGAACAUGCAGGAGCUUCAGUUUUUCUUUGAAGACCCAAAAGAAAACAUCAGAUUGCAGGAACUGCUAGAGAAGGCUGUUGAUAAAGCCAUGAAGAGUGAGAGAGGACAUCUUGACCUGUUCCUGCGGUUUCUGAUGGGAAUUUCACUGGGAUCCAGUCAAAACCUGCUCAAAGGCCUAAUCAGACACACUGAAGACACCAGAGAGAGCAUCACACAAACAAUUGAAUACAUUAAACAAGUACAAAAUGAAAAUGAGAAUAUUUCAGAUGAAGCUUCUGUCAACCUAUUCUACUGCUUACUUGAGCUCAAGGAUCAUUCAUUAUAUGAGGAAAUCCAGAGAUACCUCAGUUCAGAUGAACAUCCAGGGAGAAAACUCUCAUCUUCAAUGUGCACAGUGCUGAUCUACAUACUCCUGAUGUCAGAGAAGGUGCUGGAUGAGUUCAACCCAAAGAGGUUCACGUCAUCUUUAAACUACAAGAGACUUGUUCCAUCUGUGAGAUGCUGCAGAAAAGCCCUGUGUGUAAUUUCAGUAAUCACUGUUUAAUUAAAGGUUUUAUCCUACAUCACUAAACAAUUAAAUGUAAAAAAAAAAAAAAAAAAAAAAACCUGUUUGAAAUAUCUGUCUGUCCUGAUUAUGAAGGGUACAAUGUGUUAUUGAAAAACAUACUGAACAUCAGAAAAUAAUCUGGGUAAAUGUUUUGGCAGAUUUGAUGGCUGUGGCCUUGAUGACACAUGCUGUGAAACUGUAUCUUCAGUUCUAAAAUCAUCAAACUCCCAUCUGAGAGAGUUGGACCUGAGCAGCAAUCACCUGAAUGAUUCAGGAGUGAAGCUGCUCUCUGAUGGACUGAAGAGUUCACACUGUCAACUGAACAUACUGAGGCUAUGUGGGUGUAAUCUCACUGCUCAGUCCUGUGAAAGUUUGUCUUCAGCUCUACAGUCCUCAAACUCUGUCCUGAGAGAACUGGACCUGAGUAACAAUGACCUGCAGGAUUCUGGAGUAAAGCUUCUUUCUGAUAGACUAAAACGCUGUAAG